UAUUUCCGGGUGUAUUUGGUUUCACUUUGAAAAUAUUGUCUUUUCUCAGUUGAAGGAAUUCAAAGACCAGCAAUGAGUUUCACAGAAGCGGAGAAGAAAGGUUGCCGUAAUCUACUAAACCAAUUGUAUUACAAAGACAUUCUGUCACUGGUAGAUACAGUCACCAGGAGAUUCAUCGAAGAUAAAAGAAGUCGAGAAGAAGCUAUUGAUGCCAUCCUCUCGUUUUCUAUGUCAGCGAGUGAACUUUUGAGCCGACAGAAAAUCACACGAGAUUACCUGAAGAAGUAUCUUUUCAGUCAAAAAGUUUCAGUGUCUGGUAGUUCAACAAAACAGGAUUUAAUUUCUCGAAUUUUAGAAUAUUGGUCUGGAGAAAGGAUUUCUUAUCCUGCAGUCCAAUCCCCACCCAGGGAGCAAACCCAUUUGGCAGAACCAAAACCCUGCCUUCCUUCUAGUGAUGUGAAACAACUUGGCGAAACUUUGCAUCUUGGUUUUAUAAUUGUUUACUCAGGAACUGAAUGGUUUGAAAGAUUAGUUUUGGCCCCGAUGUUCCUUACAUUACUGUUGAUAUCUGAAGGGAUAGAGAAAAGAAAGGACAGAGGGUGCUGA